UUUUUCUAUCAAAGGACCUAGGGGGUGCCGGGGUAUCCCCGGUGCUAGGCGAGUGCCUAGUGGACAGCGGGCUGCGUGGAGUCGGGUGUGUGGGACACGAUUGCCGUGAGCCCUCGCUUUGAGGAGGGCCCAUGAGUUCCUGGGGUUUGCUGUCUUCUCAUCUGAAGGCAAGACUCUGGGAAAGUCAGCAAGUGCCGGAAAAAGAUGGGUUCGAGCUUGUUUGCCCAAAGGCGCGGAUGGCCGCGAGAUCCAGGGUCGCCGCGCAGCCCCUACCUGAGGGGCUUUUCAUAGUGAAGGUGGAGGAAGACUCCGUCGGAGGUCUGGAGUCCGACCCGCCCGGGGCCUGGCAGGACCCCGAAACUUUUCGACAGCAGUUUAGGCAGUUGCGUUACCAGGAGGUGGAUGGACCCGAAGAGGCGCUAAGUCGGCUCAGGGAACUCUGUCGUCGGUGGCUUAGGCCUGAGAUGCGCUCGAAGGAGCAGAUCCUGGAACUGCUGGAGCAGUUCCUGACCAUCCUACUCCACGAACUCCAGGCCUGGGUGCGGGACCACUGCCCAGAGAGUGGGGAAGAGGCUGUGGCGCGGGCUCUCCAGAGAGCGCUGGGCGGGACCUCACCCCCGGGAUUGGUGACACUCAAGGAUGUGGCCGUGUCUCUACCCUGGGAGGAGUGGGAGCAGCUGGACACAGCUCAAAGGGACUUCUGCAGGGAGAAUGUACAGAAGGAUAAUGGGAGCACAGUCCUGCAUAGUUUGGAAACUAAAGCUGAGAACAAAGAGUUGAUUCCAAAAGAAGAAAUUUUAGAAGAAGCAGAGCCACAGGUGUGGCUACAAGAAGUUUCCCAGGGGAAGGCCUCCCUGUUUUCUAAGUGUUACAAUAUGUGUAAGGACAGAGUAGAAAAGCACCCGAGAGACCCUGUGUCACUGAAACUCAAAAAUUCUGAAGAACAAGGACUCAGAUCAAGAACUAGCAUCUCAGAUCUCAACAGCAGUGGUUCCACAGAAGAGAGAGUCUCCAAAAAUAAUGAAUUUGGGAAUAGUGCUAAAAGUUCCAGCUUUGUCCUUGGUCAGCACAUCCAGACAUCACUGAGGCCAGUUGAUGGUGAGGAACAAGGGAACAAGUGCAAAGAAAGUUUUGAUCAGGUGAAACAUCACAUAGUGAAACCUCAAAACUCUGUUGACAGUGAGACCCAGAGAUGGCUCCAUGAAGAAAGACCUUAUAAAUGUGAUCGCUGCGAGAAGAGGUUCAAACAGCGCUCAGACCUCCUGAAACACCAGAGGAUUCACACAGGUGAGAAACCCUAUGAAUGCCAAGAAUGUGAGAAAAGCUUCAGACAGAGUGCUGCCCUGAUUAAACACCAGAGGACACACACAGGCGAGAAGCCAUAUACAUGCUUGAAGUGCGGGGAACACUUCAGACAGAGCUCGCAUCUCAAUCGGCAUCAGAGAACCCAUGCUGGAGAGAAGUUCUGUAAAUGUGAGGAAUGUGGGGAGACCUGCCAUGUUUCUAACCUUUUUAGACAUCAGAGACUACAUAAAGGGGAGAGACCCUAUAAAUGUGAAGAGUGUGAGAAGAGCUUCAAACAGCGCUCAGACCUCUUUAAACAUCAGAGAAUCCACACUGGAGAGAAGCCUUAUGGAUGUUCUGACUGUGGGAAAAGCUUCAGUCAGAGUGCAACCCUCAUUAAACACCAGAGAACUCAUACUGGAGAAAAACCUUAUAAAUGUGUUGAAUGUGGGGAAAGCUUUAGACAAAGUACACACCUUGUCCGACACCAAAGGAUCCAUCAAGGAAAGCUGCUGAAAGCUAGCGCCACAGACGUCAGAGACCCUGCGCAAACGCCCUGGAGCUUUCCCUGACGGCCGGGGGGUCUUCGCUCAGCGGCACCCAUAGCUCUCCUCACACUAGUUUCUCUCAAACCUCCGCUCCUCCGACAUUCCGCCCCGCCGCCUCCUCCAGGAAGUCCUCGGCGCGGUGCACUGGGACCACCUGCUACGGCCAUGAAACCUGGGCUCCGUCUCUUCGGGUUCCCAGGCUCGACCAGGAGUCCCCUCCCUUGGCGAGCCCCACCAGAGAAAAAGGUCCCCUGACCCGGCCUCAGGAACGUCCUGGGCGAUUUCGCCCACCCACGCGCACGGGCCGGGCUCCGAGUCCCUACCAGCGUCCAUUCUAGGACUGCGGUUUGCAGCUCGCUGGUCGGGACAGGAGCGCGGCGGCCUUGCGUUUGCCAGGACCAAUCAACAGCAGAAGAAGCCCCAAUUCUGUCAUGUGACCGCAAGGCCCCGCCCCACUUCAUCUGACUCUCACCGGCGUCCCGCAGCGGGUUUUCGGCUUCUUUGAUCCCGCAGGGUGGCUGGGUCCUACGUCCUCCUGGGUAUCUUUUUGGUCUGGGGAACCCAGGGACGUUUUACAACGGAGCUGAAUCCCUAGUUCUUUUUAUUCUGGAAACAGAAUCUUCCUAAGUUACCGAGGGUCUCGCUAAAUUGCUGAGACUGGCUCGAACUUGGGAUCCUCCUGCCUCAGCCUUUGGAGUACCUGGGAUUACAAGAAUAAAGGGUGCAAACCA